GCGGCGGACGGUGGCGUUGCGUCCCGCUCCGCGUGCAUAAGUCUAGAGCUCGAACGCUGCAAUGCUCGAUGUUGAGCUUGAAGGGAGUUAUAUAUGAGGCUCAUGGCCUCUUCGCCGCUCGAUGAAGGCGUCUUCGCUCAAUUGCGGCAACAGGUCGACCCUAAGGCGAUAGAACAACGCGAGAAGGAGAUUAACGAGCGCAUCCAUGCCCAGUAUGAGAAGUCGCAACAGCGGCAGGCAGAGCUUAUCGGCAUCAAUGCCACCAAACCAAUAACAAUCUCCUCCGUUCGCGUCCUACACGCAACACACACCCGCCAUGGCUUUCUGGAACGCAUCUUUCACCCUAUCCUCUCGCACAACCGGCAGUCAGCAUACACCCUCCAAGAAGCGUUACAAGAAGUCGGCAGCGCAGUAGACAAGCUCAAUCGGCUCGAUAUCUUCCAGCAACCCAUCUCGACUUACAUUGACAAGCCAGACCAAACGGAGCCCUCUAGCACGCCUACCGACCAUGCUGUCUUCAUCAGCGCCAAAGAACGCGGUCGAUACACGAUCAAAACUGGCACGGAAGCCGGCACCGCAGAGGGAAGUGCAUACAUCAACGCGCAGCUACGGAACAUUUUCGGCGGCGCAGAGAGUCUGAAUGCGAAUGCAAGUCUGGGCACGAGGACGCGCAGUGCAUACAGCGCCAAUUUUGCGACCCCUAUUCUUUCUAAUCCUGACCUGAAAUGGGAGCUUGGUGGCUUGGUAAGUAGCACGCUCAAGCCGUGGGCCUCGCACGAAGAAGUGCUGAAGGGUGGAAACACGCGCAUCACUUGGCACCCUAGCCGAACUAGCAGGCAUGAGCUCAUGUACUCGGGUCUAUGGAGGCAGGUUACUGGCUUGGCGGAGAAGGCGAGUGCAACGGUGAGGGCAGACGCCGGUGACAGCUUCAAAUCAAGCCUGGCGCAUAUAUGGACCUUGGACACUCGAGAUGUGCCAAUGAUGCCGAGCCGAGGUUUCCUACUCAAGACCAACACGGAAGUGGCAGGUUUAGGGCCUUUGAGAGGAGACGUAGCGUUCGGCAAGUUUCAGCUCGAGUCGCAGGCCGCGAUACCGAUUCCGAUACCGGGUAUUCAAGGCGACAGUGGCGUUUCGUUCACGGCAGGUCUUCGAGGCGGACUGCUGUACCCUCUGACACCGGGUGGUCAGCAACAACCAACCAACAGUCGGAUUAACGAUCGCUUCCAGCUCGGCGGACCGACUGAUGUUCGCGGUUUCCGGCUUGGCGGUCUCGGACCACACGACGGUCAAGAUGCGGUCGGCGGUGAUGUCUUCGCUGCUGGCGGCGCAUCUUUACUGUUACCUCUGCCGCGUGUCGGCAAAGACACACCGCUGAGAUUGCAGGCUUUUGUCAAUGUGGGCCGCCUGCUUGCACUCAAGGGUGCGGGAUCCCAGGACAGAUCUUCGCAGAGUGAAGGCUCGCAACAACCACAAGGUGACUUAAUGGCGACAAUGCAGGAAUUCACGAAGGAGCUUCCAAGCGCCGCCGCGGGUGUGGGGCUAGUGUACGCACACCCUGCUGCACGCUUCGAGCUGAACUUUAGCCUGCCGCUUGUUGUAAGGAAAGGUGAAGAAGGUAGGAAGGGCUUGAGCUUCGGGGUGGGCUUAGAGUUCUUGUAGCAUUACUUUUACAACGGCAGGAGCUUAUGCUACGCCUCAACCUCCGACCCUCAUACAGACUGCCGAAGCUAAUCUACUGUGCGUAACCGCAGUCCAUUAUUAAUUUGAAUGAGCAUGUUGUAUCGUAGGAAAUCUCGCGAGGCUCACCCGGAGCUCGUUACACUGCGUGAUCAUCGUCGCCUCAAUAGGGCGCGUUCGUGACGGCGUGAAUGUAGGUCGGCGUACACGUCGAAUCAGUGCCCAUCCAAAAGAUCUGUUGCCGUGAAGAUUAGCACCUUAACGCUUUCAGACCGAGGAAUGGUUGACUGAGAUCGAAUCUCACCACAGGCUCUCCAAGCGGCCCUUCGCAGAUUGUCCAACCCAAUUCCUCGCCACCAACCGUGAGCAGGUACCCAUUCUUCAGCGCCAAA